CCCAUACGUUCGUUGUACCUGUACCGAAGUCGCAAGGUCAUACCAACUGGUGGAGCUAACCCAUUUUGCAGUUAUAAACAAGUUCUAAUAUUCUGGAACUCGGUAGAAUCAAUUCUUCCGAAAUCCGAAUGCAAGCCAUAAUAAGCCUUAUGCUUGAAACAUUUCCGUUUUGGGUUGGAGAAGGAAGAUGAGGUGCAUAUUACUCAGGAGGUGACUCUCCUGCACAUUUUGCUUAUCUUGAUUUUGUUAUCACACCUUUAUGGGAGAUGAUGAGGUUCUAAUAAUGACGCAAGACCAUGGCACAGAGAGGAAGACCGCGCACCAACUCGAGGCUCUGGAAAAACUCUGUUCAGAGGACCAUUAUCCUACACAAAAAGCUAUGGAGGACUCUGCUGUGAUUCUGAAGAUGACAUAUAAGCAAGUACGUGGCUGGUUUGCUCAAAAGAGGAGAAGGGAGAGAAGGGAAAAUAGAGUAUGUUUAUUGAGUAAGAAAUGUUUAAUAAGCAGAACUGAUUGUAGCACGCUAAGUGGAUGUGGAAAAAAGAUAUUCAAGUCAGAUUCGUUGGCUCAAAGAGUGGAAACAUCUUCAUUUUCAAAACCCAAUCAGUUGCGGCUGGUAAAGUUAGACCAAUUCAAGAAGAAGCACCAUAGGUCAUGUUAUACCAGUCAAUGUGUUGGGCAUGGAGAUGGAAGGACCCAACCCCUGCAGCUGAAGAACUUUAUGCUUCAAAGCAGGAAUACGAAGCUAAACAAAAAGGUUUACCCCCUUCAAGACAUGCUUCCUCCAGAUUACAUUCUGCAGAAAGUAUUCAGUAAAGAUGGUCCUCCUCUUGGUGUGGAAUUUGAUACUCCUCCUGGUGCAUUUGGCCGUCGGAGAGGUGCCGGAAAUUCUCUUUCUGCUUGCCACGACGACAAAAAUGAACCCAAAGGGAGAAAGGUGGUGGAAAUAAAUUUACAAUUGGUUGAACAUCUUUGGGUUUGAUAAAAUUUGCC